AUAAAGAUCAAAAAAACUAAAUAUACCAGUCAGAGUGUAUUUUUACCUAAAAAUUAAUUUAAAAUGACAACAAGUCUUGCUACACAAAGGAGUUUUGUGUUAGCAAAUCCUUCGUCAAAUGUUGUCAAAACAAACCUUAGCAAUGCAACUGCAACAACUAAUCAUCGCUUGUUGACCAAUAAUGAGAUUAAACAUGAGGUUAUAACAAUAUCAACUGAAGACAAUUUAAACGAUGACAACGGAUUACAGCUGGAGGAUGUUUUAUCUCAAAAGAAGAUUAUAAUACAACAGCAAACAGAUAAUGAUGAUAUGCAUGAUGUCCUGGAUGUCGUACCUAUGGAUGCAUCAGAUUCCAGCAAUGGUGAAAGUGAUAGCAUGCAUGACUUAAGUGCAAUUAAAGAUGGUGUCGAAUUGGCUCAGGUGACUGUUUUGCAGGCGCCCAAUGCUGAGGAUGGUGAUAGCCCACAGUAUAUUACUGUAACAGUUUCUACACAGGACACCGUCGGUGGUCAGAAUUCCUAUCAAGUGCAAUAUGUGGACACAGAGUUGUACCACAGUAACUCCAGUCAGUCCCAAAUGACAUAUCCUUUUUGUCCCGUCGGUGAUUACCAAACAACAAGCCAAUCCUACUAUUCAACUACAGCCAACUACUCUACAACGAAUACUCCCCCAUCGCAUGCAUCCGGGUUGCCUUAUUUAGUUCCUGGCGAGGAGAAUCUUCUCCUAAACACCUCAUCACAAAGCCGCGAAUCGCCACCGAGCUUAUCCGAAGUGUCUUACUUGCAGGAAGCACAAACACCAACUUCUACAACUCCAUCAAUUGCUGUUUCCUCUGGGACGGGAAGUGGUGGCUCUGCUGGUGGGCUUGUUGGUGGGAACAAUGGAGGUGUUGGCGGCGGCGGGGGUGUGAUUGUCAGUGGAGGACUCACUGUUGGAGAUUCUAAUAACCUGGCAAAUGCCAACAAGAUUGCCUCGGCAACGAUAAAAUGGCUUACACGUAACUAUGAAACAGCAGAAGGAGUAAGUCUGCCCCGUUCGACCCUCUACAAUCACUACAUGCACCAUUGCAACGAAAACAAAUCGGAACCAGUAAAUGCUGCAAGCUUCGGCAAGCUAAUUCGUUCGGUUUUUUCCGGAUUGCGGACUCGUCGUUUGGGUACUCGUGGAAAUUCCAAGUAUCACUACUAUGGUAUUCGCAUAAAGCCCGGAUCUACCCUGUCGCACACUAUGGAAGAUAAACCGGGCCAGCCGUUCUCGGGAAAACAUCAGAACGGUGGUAAUCUUAACGGGAUUGGUGGCGGUGGUGGUGCUGGUGGUGGUGGCAGCAGUCUCGGGGGUGGAGGAAGUUUGGGCAAAGGCAUGAAAAAACACAAUGUUAAGCCCGACGCAUAUGAAGCUUGCUCUCAGUAUUUGGGAGAUGGUUCCGGUUGUAUUCCCAUAUUUCCUCAUAUUGAACUCGAUACCACAUUUAACAACGAACUUACUUUGGACGAUGUUGAAACUUUCCGUUCCAUCUAUCGUGAGCACUGUGAAUCUUUUCUUGAUGCAGUCUUGAAUCUUGAAUUCGGUACUAUUGAAUACCUUUGGCGUGAUUUUUGGCGUUCUUCGGAUAACAACAAUUUGGAUGAAUGUGAAGAGGAAAAAUACUUGUCAAAGACAAAACUUUACUUACUUUGCCAUUGUAAUGGAGUUCAAAAGUUUAUCAAAGAAGUUGAUUACCAAUUCUAUCAAAAUAUGGUUGAUGUCCUUAUUCCAGAUGUCCUACGUUCCAUACCAAAUUCACUUACACAAGCCAUUCGUAAUUUUGCCAAAAAUUUGGAAAUCUGGCUCUGCGAGUCGAUGGUUGGUGCUCCAGAACGUGUAGUUCAGAUCAAAUCAGCAGCAAUAUCGGCUUUUUGUCAAACUCUACGACGCUAUACAUCUUUGAAUCAUCUAGCUCAGGCUGCCCGAGCAGUGCUUCAAAAUAAUUCUCAAAUUGCUCAGAUGUUGAAUGAUCUUAACCGUGUUGACUUCCACAAUGUCCAAGAACAGGCAGCUUGGGUAUGCCAAUGUGACACAUCUAUUGUGCAACGUCUUGAGAAUGAUUUUAAAACCGCUUUACAACAGCAAAACACUCUUGAACAAUGGGCUAGUUGGUUGCGUCUAGUAGUUGAUUCGGCCUUAGAAGAAUAUCGGGAUAAACCCAAUUACGCCAAAGCUGCACGCCAAUUCUUACUCAAAUGGAGUUUCUAUAGUUCCAUGGUUAUAAGGGAUUUAACUUUACGAUCGGCAUCGAGUUUUGGUAGCUUCCAUUUGAUUCGUUUGCUUUAUGAUGAAUACAUGUUUUUCUUGGUGGAGCAUAAAGUUGCUGAAGUUUUGCAGAAGACCGCUAUUGCAGUGAUUAGCGAUCGAAUGCAAAAAGAUACUGAUUUCGAGUUUGAUUAUCAACUAGCAUUUAUUGACGCCGAUGCGAGUGUCGCUAAACGAAUGAAGCACGAAUGAUUAAAAUACUUGAUUUUUUGUUAAAACAAAAUACAUUUAAUAUGAAAUAUUUGGAAUAC